AAAAAAAAAAAAAAAAAAAAAAAAAAGACUGGCGACCUACAACUGCUUUUUACUUUGGAUCCCUCGCUUAUAUCUACGUUCAUCAAGCAAUGGCAAACCAAAGCGAUCAUUCACUCCCAAAAGAUACAUUAAGCGCCAUACACUAUCUUUUGGAUCUACUUCACCCUUCCAAAGUCAAACAACAAAAGGUCUUUCCGAGAGUUUGUCUGAUUCACCAGAUCUACAGUAUCAUUGACGACCAUACCACUGUCGAUCGCACUUUGGCCCAACUAAUCAAGGAUGGUACAAUUAGAAAGUUUUAUCUUGGGGGAACAGGGUCUGACGAGUUUGCGAUCAUGCUGACGAGCGACUAUGUAACGCAGAUCGAACAGGCAAAGGAGCAAUAUCUCAAGGACCUUCAGGAAACAAUUACAAUCAGUAGUACUACUAGUUCAGCAGCAACAACAUCAUCUCAUAAUAACAAUAAUAAUAAUAAUAAUAAACGAAAGAUACAGCCACAGGACCGCGAUCAAGAGCAAGGGCAGGAAGAAAUAGCUAGCCAAAAGAGAACAACAUUAAGAAAGCCGAUCACAAGAUCUACUAUUUCUUCCACCAACGGAGGAGCCUCAGAACCUUUGACUAGCAGAGCAUCUCCGAUUAGAACCUCAGUCAAUGAAGCUACUACGACUGGUAAACGUCAUGAUUUCAAAGCGGACGAAACUAUCUUUGAUCGUUUCAAGGACUUGGUCACCAGUGGACGUUAUUUUGAAAUCUCUAUCCAACAUUCUAAUAUGCAAUCCGUUAUUGGAGCUACUGAUGAAGACAUUACCACUUUGAUUCGAUACUCUUUACUCAACCGUAGUCUGUCGGUGCCUGCGAACCCCCAUCUUGUCAAUCUGAACCAACCCAUAGGACGAGGAGGUGGAGGUGGGGGCGACAGUACUAAAACCAACACCACAGGCGGUGGCCACACGGCAUUGAACCAACUGAUCCAUGCAACGAAUCAGGAACAAGCAAAGGCAAUUAAGUCAGAGACAACAGCAACUACAGCGGCAGCAAUAACUAGCAGCGUGUCUACAGCCUCAGCACCAUCCCAAACCACAACAAUCUCCGCCGUACUAGGCCGCCAUGAACGCGUGACUGAUGAUGUGUCCUACAGGUUUGCGAUCCGUCAGGGAGGCCUCUUUGUAACUCAUCUUUUAAAGGGAAGGCUUGAGAUGUUGAGGAUGAUUCGGCGGCAGACCUUUGGGGACAUGUUGACUUCGGCCCUGGUAUCAAAGCCCUUACGAGGAUCGUUCCUUCCUCAUAAAUUUCAUAUUCACGAUAUUAUCGGAAGUGGACGCGUCCAAAGCGAUAUGACCACAAGUGGCCAACUGCUCAAGUUGACUUUAAAAGGAGAGGCGAGCGCAAAGGCAAAAUAAAUUAUAUAAGAUAGUGGAUGUUUAUGAUCAUAUAGAGUACAAUAUCUUUUUUAAACUACAACAUCCAAGCCCUUGGAUCCUCGAAGCUCCAUCCCAGGGUUUUCUUCCUCAUUAUCACAUUCUUUAUCUGAGGCGUCAUCAACGACAGAG